AUGGGCCGGUCGGCUUCCCCCACCCCUGCCCUUACCACCACCACCACCACCACCACCACCACCACCGAAUGCUCGAGGACACCAACGGCGACCCCGGACUUGGGCCUGUGCCUCCUCCUCCUGGUCGCCGGCGGGCUGAUCGCCCUUGGAAUGCGCCUGGUGCUCCCGUCCCUCGUCAAGUUGCGCGACACGGUGUACUGGGUAUGCGUCCAGUGGUCCGGAUGUAACCCGUUCUGGGACCACGGUGAGGUCGAGCGCCAUCAGGCGUACCGCGUCGCGGCCCAGGACCAGCUGCGUGACCCCGUGGUGCACUAUUCGACUGUCGAGACCCGCACGCGUAUCGUCCCGGGACCGAGGAGACGGCAUACCGCGCUGUUGUAA